AUUGCCCAAGGAGGUACCGGGGCUUUUAUUUCGUCACUUCUACUCACGAAUCUAUUCCUCGUACUAUGCGUCGACUUAAAGCUCUGCUUAGGACUCUGCUUAGGAGACGAAGUUACGAUGAGGAAAGUCCGGUCCCCCCCGAGAGGAAUACGGCGGGGCUGUCGGACACCCGACGAAGCCUCCGAUCUUAUGGGGGCCAAUCGACUAUAAAAGAUCGACAUAUCACCGGUCUUAAUUUGUCAAGGUGUAAUGAGAGCCCGGUGGAACGUGAAACCAACAAACACAAGAGUUCCAAUUCUCAGCACUUAACAAAUACAAAUACAAGUAGCCCCGUCUCAGUACAACCAAACUCGCGAACGUCGAUUGAGAAAAUCCCGGAGCGUCAGAGAAAUGUGUUGGUAAAGAAUCCUAGGAAAGAUAUGUCCAGGAACGAUAUGUCUGGGCACUUUUACUCCGAUAAACUGGCCAGCACGGAAGAGGGACCAAAAAAAUCGUCAACAGAAAUACAACACAGUAAAGACGGACAGUUAGCUCAAUCUACAAGGGAGCCGGACCGUCGCGUAGAGAUACUUAACAAGGAGGAUAACGCUACUCGACCAGGAGAACGUGGUGGUGCGGAGAGUGAGAAGACCGCCAUAGACCUCAGGGAUACCAUAGAUACCGACGAGACUAUCACUUAUGCUCCGGCGGUUACGCACGAAACCAUUCGCCCACAGGUGCACGAGAUUCUGGAAGAACGGAUAUACCGCGAGAUCCACAAUCAUAACGUAUACCAUCGAAUCCAACCUAUUUACGAGGUUGAGAUCCUUCCUGCCCGCCAUUUUGUCCCCGGACCCGGCGGUGGUCUAGUUGAGGUGCCCGAGGAUUCUAUCCCAGAGUGUACCGGUGCGAAUCAAGAAUGGCACGUGAGCAAGAGACCGCCUCGCCCUGCGUCGUCACCUACCCUACGCCAGCCAGCAUCUAUAGAUGAAAAUAACGCGGUUUGCGAGCCUAUUGAGAAGGCCGCUGAAAAUGGGGGCGAUCUCGAGCCUACGAAGACCCAAACAGCCAUCGACAACCAGGAAUUCAAAGACGUGUACUUUGAUAGUUGGCAAUCCAGUGCUGCUCGCAUAUUCUAGGAAGCCAUUUGGAAAUUUCGGUAUGAUAUUAGCGAGUCUAUGAGAGACAAUUCUUUUCAUUUCCUCUGCGCGGACCCCGGUCAUAAACACUCGAAAGAGACUUGUAGUUCAAGUCUCUCAUGUUCCCCUCACUUGGUACACAUUUAGGGUUCUGCCGAUUUCGUCGGUCCCGGAUGAUAUCGAACUAGCUGCAUUAUUACUUUCUUACGUUACUGUUGCUGUCAGCCCAUUGCGGCAACAGCAUGCGCCGUGAUUCCCGACCUAGUAUUCGC